AUGCAGUCCAGCUGCGCGCGUUUGCAUGCUAUCUCGUCCAAGCGUCUCGCAUCGGCUUUGACUGCAUGGCAUGCGUUGUCUCGCAUUCGCUUGCCGUCGAGCUGCUCUCCCGUCCGCUGCUCCCAUACCUUCUCCAGACGAGCUGUCGUGUUUUCUGUUACUAUUGUACGAGUGUAUCUCUUCCUGUCACGGCCUUUACUAGAUGCAAUUACGAUACGGAUACCCAUGAUGACACGCCUCUACUCUGACGCACACGCGCGCUGCAAGAUCACAAAACAAGAUUUGCACAACUUACAACUUGGCAGGCUGAGCUUCCGACUGCGCAACGCCUUCCAACGGUUUCAGCCAACCCAGUCUGUCCUUUGCAAAGAUCUCGAUCUGGGGCUUGAGAAUUGUAUCGUGGAGAGCAAAGUCGUCUACGGUACCGACCCUCAUGAAAGCCAAAUUGGGCAUUCCACUGGAGACCCUGUACAUGAGGGUACCACAGUUGGAGCAGAAGGAGUUGGUCAUCGAGUUUCCCGAGGCGAUCGUGGUGGAUUGACCGUACUGCUUGAGACUGGACUGGCCACGGACGUCUUGAAUGUGGGAGAGUUUGACGGUAAAGUUGUUGGCAAAGGCGGCGGCGGUGAUGGUUCGACAGUCGGCGCAGUGACACAGGAAGGUGCCGCGGAAUCCUUUUCCCACCGUGGGCUGCAUUCAAGAAACACACAGAGUAAACACUUUGAGUUCUCAACUCAACGAUAUGAGAGAUAUCGUUAUGGAAAGAGGGGAGCAGAGACGUACGAAGGAUAA